GGCUGGUGUAAAUAGUUACCUACGAGUCAUUGAAAGGUAUUAACAGUUUUCAAAAUGUCGCUUAAAAUGUAUAAUGGUGUCAAAAUACCAAUAAUUGGACUAGGGACUUGGCAGUCUACAAACGAAGACGAACUGGAAGCUGCCCUCGAUACUGCAUUAACUAUUGGGUACCGGCAUAUAGACACGGCGGCUGUCUACCGUAACGAAAAAUGUAUCGGAAAAGUUUUACGGAAAUGGUUUGAUGCUGGAAAGUUAAAAAGGGAAGAUGUAUUUAUUACUACUAAGCUUGGUCCUGAACAAACUCAUCCAGAUUUAGUUGAAUCGGCAUUAAAGGACUCCUUAGAAAAGUUACAAUUGGAAUAUGUAGAUCUUUAUCUUGUGCAUUUUCCUAUGCACAUGAAAUUAGUCGAUCCUCUUAAACCGUGGGACAUGUUGGAUACAGAUUAUCUUGAUGUUUGGAAGAAAAUGGAAGAACAAGUUGAUUGCAAACGGGCUCGAACUAUAGGAACUUCUAACUUUAGCAUUGAACAAAUGGAGAGAAUAAUGAAAAACUCAAGAAUAAAGCCAGCCAAUACGCAAGUGGAACUUCAAGUCUACUUCCAACAAAAGGAAUUACGAGAAUAUUGUCGGAAAAACAAUAUUGUCGUAGUUUCCUACUCUUCACUCGGAUCUCCAGGAGCACCAGACUUCUUUAAAAAGAUAGGAAGAACGGUGCCUGUUCCAAAUAUUCUGGGAGAUCCGGUAGUAUGCGCUGUUGCUAAGAAACACAAAAGAACACCCUCACAAAUUAUUCUGAGUUAUUUAACUCAAAAUGACAUUGUAGUAAUUCCUAAAACCGUAAAACCAGAUAGACUUCAAGAAAACUUUGAUAUUUUGGAUAUCAUUUUGGAUUCAGACGAUUUAACCGCUUUAGAAAAAUUGGACAAAGGUACAGCGGGAAGAAUAUUUGAUAUGUCACAUAUUAAUCCAAAGAUAAAGGAGCACGUCCACUACCCCUUUGAAAAAUAAAGAAAAUCACAGCUUGUAAUUGUUUGUUAUGUAUAGUAAACUAUUUAUAAGUAAAUAAAUAAAGUUCUUAACGUUA